AUGGCAACAAGAUCUGCACUGAGCCGACUCAGCUUAACUGCUACUCGCUCGAUGGAGUCAACUCGUGGAGCUACUCGCUACUUCAGUGAUGACAAAGGCAAAAUUCUUAGUGAAGAGGAACGGGCAGCUGAAAACAUCUAUAUUCAGAAAAUGGAGAGGGAAAGGCUGGAGAAACUGAAGCUAAAGCAGGAGAAAGAGAAGGCAGAGAAAGAGAAACAGGGCGCUGACAAGGUCGGAAUGAUUGUAACAUUGCUCCUAUGUGUUACUCCUAUGACAAUAUUUGUGCCGUUAUGUUGCAUAGACUGCCCUGUUAUGAGUUCAAUUCCCAAGAUUGUUUCUUUGAGGUUUCAUGUCCAAUUCUGUGUCACUGAUUGCUCAAGUGUUAGUAAACACAACUGGAGGAAGCCAGAAAGCCUGAUGGGGGGGUCAUCUGCACCGAAUAAUGACGAUCUUGCUGCAGCAAUUGUCAUCAGAAAUAAAUCUCUUUAA